AGUGUGUGCCUUCAUAGGCUAAAGAUUGAAAGGUUGGAGAAUGCCACUGAACCGUGUCGAAGAGUGAUGUAGGAGUGGGAGCUCAUCGGGAAGAAAAUAUUCAGGCAGCAUAUAGAGAAAUAGAGGCACAACUACCAGGACCAUUUUGUUCGCAGUCUCUCUCCUUGGGUAGCUGAAUGCCCCUGAAGGCUUGGAAGGUCUUGCUAGUUAUUAUGGACCUAAAUAAGGCAAGACCAGUGGAGGAAAAGAGUUGGCCUUGGCUUUCUGACAAACCUGGUCCUGAUGAUUCAUGGCCUACAUCAGCUAGCCAAGACUUAGAUUUCGGUACCAAGGAAGGAACAGCAAAGUCAGCAACGGAAGCAACGGAAGAUGGUGUUGGUAUUAUUGAAAAUGUGUCACCAGAGCAAACAGUUAAUGGCAGUUUGACUUCUGCUGGUGGAGUGCAUAAAAAUGACAGAAGUGAUAUCAUGUCAGCAUUAGAAUUAGGAGAAGAGGAAGAUGUAGAAUCACCUUCUCUUCCUGAGUAUCAAGUUCCAUUAAAGGUUGAUGAAAAAAAGAAGCACAGAGGAAGUGACAUAGAAGUAUCAGAAAACAUACAUGAUGCUGCGGCUGCUGGAUUAAUUCCACAAAGACAGAAUGGAAAAACUGAUAACCAUCAAUUGCCUAUUACAGAAAAUAAAGAUUCUGAUAGGAGGGAACCUGGUUUACAUGUGAAGAAGUUAAAGAAAGGUGAAAAUGAAAAAGGGACAUCAAAAGGAUCUGUGAUCACACCAGUGUUGCAGAAGGCAGAUUCUCUACCUGGUGGUCCACUACAAAAGAAUGAUGGCAGCCAUUUCAGUGAAAAGGAUCAGCAUGAAAGCAGACCUGCAAAGAAAAUUUCUAAGAAAAAGAACAAGGUCAAAAAGCAAAUUACCUCUAUGGAUGACCUUGUCGACUUCAUUCAGUCAUCUGAAACAGCUUCAGAGCAUUGUGAGUUGCCUUACUCUAAGAAUUUCAUGUUGCUGAUUGAACAACUUGGCAUGGAUUGUAAAGAUUAUGCUGGCUUCUUGAAAAUCCGAGAUAUAUGUGUUUCUUAUGAGAAAUUAAGGAAACUUAACAAAAAUCACUGUAAACUUCUUAUGGGAAAAAUGACAGAAAUGGACAAAGUGGUUAGUGCACUACAGAACGAGCUACGAGAAGCCAAAGACAUGAUAUCACGGUUAGAACAUCAAAAAGUGGAAUGGGAACGUGAAUUCUGCAGUUUGAGAUGUACCUUAAAACAAGAAGAAGAAGAAGAAAGAAGAAAUGCUGAUAUGUUAUAUGAAAAUAUUAGGGAAAAGUUAAGAAGAAAAGAAGACGAAUAUAAGAAAGAAGUUGAAACAAAACAACAAGUUGAACUCGCUCUUAGAACGCUAAACAUGGAAUUGAAGGCCACCAAAAAUCAGGUAGUUGCAAGACAACUUCAACAAGAACUGGCUGAUACUCUGAAGAAACAGUCUAUGUCAGAGGCUUCCCCAGAGGUUACAUCAUAUCUUUGUCUGGAAGAUGAAACACGGGAUCUCAAGAAGAAAUUAGCUCAAAUCAGAAGUCAGUUGCAAGAAGAACAGGAACGACAUGGAGAGGCCGUAAGAUAUGCUGCGGAGAAGAAAGAUCAUGUGCAAAAGCUACAGGUUAAAAAUGCCACACAAGAAGCAACCAUCAAACAUCAAGCGGCCCAAAUUCAAUAUCUUGAGAGCAACGUGAUAAAGACAAGUUUGUUACAAGAAGCACAGGAACGACAUGCAGAGGCCGUAAGAUACGCUGAGAAGAUUAAAGAUCAUAUGCUAAAGCUAAAGGUUAAAAAUGCCAGGCAAGAAGCAACCAUCAAACAUCAAGCGGCCCAAAUUCAAGAUCUUCAGAGCAACUUGCUAAAGGCAAGUUUGUUGCAAGAAGCAAAGGAUCGAGAGGCAAAGGACAUAAGAUAUGCGGAGAAGACUAAACCUCAGCUAGAAGUGCAAAAUGCCAGACAGGAAGAAACCAUCAAACAACAAGCCGCCCAAAUUCAAAACCUUCAGAGCAACUUGUUAAAGACAAGUUUGGCUGAUGUCCUUACAACAGAACUGGAAACUACAUCUUCAAAAUGUCUACACAUGGAUGCAAAAAAUCAAGUUCUUCAACAAGAGUUAUUAUCAAUGAAAGCUUUCGAAGAAGAACGUGAAAAACUAGAGAGCAACAACAAGAAGUUACAGCAAGAAGUAGCACAAGCAGCAGCUCGAGAAAAUUUGGACCAGGUAAGAGAAAAUGCUCAUGCUUCAACGAGAAGUCAAAUGGAACUUAGAAUUAAAGAUCUGGAAUCUCAGCUCUCUACAAUGAAGAUGUCUCAAGAAGAUUCGACUAAAACAGAGUUGGAAACCUACAGGCAACUCUACCUAGAAGAAUUAAAAGUUAGAAAGUCCUUGAGAAAUAAGCUGAACAGGACUAAUGAGAGACUGUCAGAGAGCAAUACAAAACUUCUUGUGGAGAGACAGCAGCACCAAACUUUACUCAGGACCCUUACUAUGAGCCCAGGCCUGGAACCACCUUAUUGUGGACAUUUUGAAAAUAAUUUAGUGCUCAAUGGAAACCUUACUCCAAGAGGAAACUUAGUGAUUCCUACCUUAAACCCACGGCCGUCAUAUGACGACAGGGAGACUUCCUUGUGGAAGACGCAGCGGGAGUUGGAGAAAAGAAUAACCAGAGCAUUAGAAGAAGGUAUGUUGCCAAAAUGUAUGAAGUUAGAUAUCAUUGAUUUCUGAAAUAAACUA